AUGCACUGCAAACACACACUGGUGGAGGAACAGGUGGACGGCCACCUGCAGAGGCAUCGGGAUGAGAUUUACCGCUUCCAGCAGGGCCUGACCUAUGUAGAGGAGAAGAUGGCCUACCUGUCGUAUGAGCGGGCCAAGGAAACAUGGGAGGUCAUGGAGACUUUCAAGAGUCGGCUGGCCACGCUGGAGGCCCUGCAGCAAGCUGUCCAGGUGGAGGUGACAGCGAGGCUUUGGAGCCAACCUGGGGAGCUUCUGCUCCGGUUCAUGAGCCUGCUACUGGUCCUCGCUUGUGCCGUCCUGGCGUGUGUGUCCACCGUAUGCUCCUGCCCACUGCCCUGGGCCAACAGGCGUCUGCGCAUGUGCACCAUGCUUGUGCUGCUUGUGCUGGGGGCUCUGGCCUGGCAGAAGCUACACACCACUGCCACUGCAGAUUGGCAGGUGUGGAUCCCUUCCAGGUGGAGGCUGGAUGCCAAGAAUACCAGGCCUUUGUCAGGAGGACCUCAUGGGGCCAGAGUGCCACCUGCCUGAGGUUGCCAGUCCCCUCCCUCCUCCUGCUGUCCCUUCCUGAUUCCCUAAUCACCAGUGGACACCAGCCUGCCUUGCACUUCCUUUCCGUGUUGUCACCUGGAAGCAUGGAACUCGGGGAGAUUAAAGUCCAA